AUGACCGGACGCGGUAAGGGAGGAAAGGGAUUGGGAAAAGGAGGAGCCAAGCGCCACAGGAAGGUGCUGCGUGAUAACAUCCAGGGUAUCACGAAGCCCGCCAUCCGCCGUCUCGCCCGCAGAGGUGGUGUCAAGCGUAUCUCCGGUCUGAUCUACGAGGAGACCCGCGGUGUGCUGAAAGUGUUCCUCGAGAACGUGAUCCGCGACGCCGUCACAUACACCGAGCACGCCAAGAGGAAGACCGUCACCGCCAUGGACGUCGUGUACGCUCUGAAACGCCAGGGCCGCACCCUCUACGGUUUCGGAGGUUAA